CCUCAAAGAGGACAUGCUGUUCUGACAGUUUGAGAUUACUUUUGUCUUUUCUGGUAAGACAAAAACAUGUCGGAGACUGCUCCAGUUGCUCCUACCACUCCUGCACCAGCAGAAAAAACACCUGUGAAGAAAAAGGCGAAGAAGGCAGGCGCAACUGCUGGGAAACGCAAAGCAUCCGGACCCCCAGUGUCUGAGCUUAUCACCAAGGCAGUGGCAGCUUCUAAGGAGCGCAGCGGCGUUUCUCUGGCCGCGCUUAAGAAAGCGCUUGCGGCUGCCGGCUACGAUGUAGAAAAAAACAACAGCCGCAUCAAGCUUGGCCUCAAGAGCUUGGUGAGCAAAGGUACCCUGGUGCAGACCAAAGGUACCGGUGCUUCUGGCUCCUUCAAACUCAACAAGAAAGCGGCGUCCGGGGAAGGCAAACCCAAAGCCAAAAAGGCUGGCGCAGCCAAGCCUAGGAAGCCUGCUGGGGCAGCCAAGAAGUCCAAGAAGGUGGCUGGCGCCGCUACCCCGAAGAAAAGCAUCAAAAAGACUCCUAAGAAGGUAAAGAAGCCAGCAACCGCUGCUGGGACCAAGAAAGUGGCCAAGAGUGCGAAAAAGGUGAAAACACCCCAGCCAAAAAAAGCUGUCAGGAGUCCAGCUAAGGCCAAAGCCCCUAAGCCCAAGGCGGCCAAGCCUAAGUCGGGGAAGCCGAAGGUUACAAAGGCAAAGAAGGCAGCUCCGAAGAAAAAGUGAAACUGGCGGGAAGUUCGUUCCGCUUUGAAAAUUUUAAACGGCUCUUUUCAGAGCCACCCACAGGUCUCAGUCAAAAGAGCUGUAGCUUUUUUGGGGGGGGGCGGGGGGAGUGGGGUGGAGAGGGGUGCGGGUGCUGCGGUGUUGUGCGGCCACGGUCUAUCCCAGUCGUGCCGGUUGGGGGUCAGUUAUUAACAGCUCCUAGCAGCCUGGGCGCAAAGAUCCUCCAGUCUCAGUUUCAGCCACAGUCACCGCAUAGUUAAGGCUGCUUGAGCCACCAGGUCCUACUUUUUCUUCAAAUUCCCGCGGUGGUGUGUGAUUGGCCGGCCGAUUUCUCUUAAAGCGCGGCGCUUAAAAGUGGCCCUGAAAAAAUUUUAUUUCUGGCACAGGGAUGUGGUCUAAAUGCUUUAGUUUACUUUAGCGUUGAGGUGACUUCCUGAGCACAGCCCGUCCUGGUUGUGAGCAGUACGUGGCAUGCCCAAGGUGCUUGCGGCCCACAAUGUUGUGCAGCUGGUCGUUGAGAAUGGCCAACUGCAGGUGGUGCCCGGUGUCUGUCUUUUCGCAGGCCUUUGAUAAGCCUUAGCUUUGGGAUAUUGGCCCUCAGGUACUGUAUUUGUAAAUAGGCAGUGUGGGGGCUGCACUGCCUGACGUGGUGGCUCUCCUGUAAUCCCAGCAUUUUGGGAGGCCAAGGCGGGCGCAUCACGAGGUCAGGAGUUCGAGGCCAGCCUGAAGAACAUGGUGAAGCCCCAUCUCUGCUAAAAAAAAUACAAAAAUUAGUCAGGCGUGGUGCCGUGCGCCUGUAAUUCCAGCUAUUUGGGGGCUGAGGUAGAAAAUCACUUGAACCCGGGAGGCGGAAGUUGUAGUAAGCCGACAUCGCUCCACUGCACUUCAGCCUGGGCGAUAGAGACUCCGUCUCAAAAUAAAAAUGUGGCCAUUGUCUUUUUCCGUCAAUGGCUAGCGUCUCCAGGACUUAUUUUCCCAGGGGCUCUCUUGCUUGUUCGUUUAUUUCUGCCUACUCUUAACCUCCUAGCACUGCCGCCAGGUAACACUAGCAUGCUGGCCCAACCCGCUCGGAGUAGCUGUAUUUGCGGAGGACGCGGUGUAUUAGCCCUACUGGCAACUGUAGGCCCGCGUGGCAAAGCAGGUCUUGCUUUUGGCGCGAGUGUGGUCUUGCUUCCCGCGUCCAGGUAAUGUUAGAAAAAAAUGCAAUUCUUGUAUUAAGCCAAUCGGAGGGAUAGUUCAUCAUAGCCUCUGGCUCAGUUUUGUAAAACUUGCUUUUUCUAUUGGUUUGCAGAGCCUGCUGAAUUAACCAAUCAGAACGUAUUCUUAGAUUUUUAUUUGCGUGGUUUUUCCGAGAGAAAAUUUUUCACCAAUCAGGUUGCGAUAUUAACAGAUGUGUAUGCUGGGACGUAGUCGAAAAGGCUGUUUUUUUUUCCACCUCCCCCUCAGAUGGAAUUCUCCAAAUGGAAUUCUCUUUUUGGAGACUACUCACCUUGUCAUUCUGCGUCAAUCUGCACAAGUAUUGCUACCACCCUGAUGCUGAGAGAUAGUAAAAAGUAUGAAAGGAACCUGUGUCAGCUUAUAAUCUGCUUCUUUUCCCAAAUUGCUUUCUCACAGAUUGAGCUGAACCAUGGAGCUAGAGUUAGCUAUCCAAUACAUAUUUGGUGAUUAGAUAAGAAAUAGAGAGGGGAAAAUAAAUGAAAAAACUUGGAGAAGGGAGGAAGAAGCCUGAAAUUGGGGUUACCAGGACAAAUAAAUGGGCUAUAUAGGAAGUUGGGCUGACUUGGAUGUACUACUGUUUCCAUUGUAUUUGGGAGGCUGAGGUUAUUUUUUGUUUGUUUUGUUUUUGAUUUUAGAAAAGCCCACUUAACAGUAUGGAGAAAUCUCGACAAAAUCUGAUUUCUACAGAUGGUUAUGGGACUCUAGAUGGGAAAAAAUUACAUUUUCACAAAUCCUAAAUGCAAUUUGCUUAUUUCCUUUGUGAGUACAGGCAGCUAAUCACUGGAUUUCACAUCAAUGAUAAUCAUAGAUAUUUUCAUAUCACUUUGUACUUAUUACAGGUGUCUUGAAAUAGUUUACACUAAUUGUGAACCUUUCGAGCCAACAUUAUACUUGCUGCUAGAUCUUAUUAUUUGAUGUGUAACUAAAGCAUAUAUACAGACUUUAAGAAAAAAAAUUUAGUGUCACUACCUUUCUUACCCUGUAUAAGUAUUUUUUAAAAACAUGGUUUUGAGAAGGCAUCUAUAGAUUUCCAGAAUCUCCAGAAUACAUAGCACAAAACAAGUCAUGAACUCUUGAACAAGUUUGCAGUGGGACCAAAUACUAUAAAUCCCUCAUGAUUAUAAUACCUCUUAAUCUUACUUCUUUGUUUACAUUCUGCUUAUUAGUUAAUAUUUUAUUAUAUUUUACAUUAUUAUUUGCCUCCCUCCCCACAAAGAAAAGGAUGUAGCUUGUGAUAUCUUUCUAGUUAUAAGCAGGAGUUUAAUUUUUUGGGAACCACGGCUACAUCACACAAUUUCUUCUUUGUAGAGAAAGCCAAAAUACCUCCCUGUAUGAGAGUGGCUUGAUUGAGAAGGGGAUCUGAAUAAA